AUGGAAACAUCCCCAAAGAUUUCUAAAUGCGUCAAGGAUGUCGUCCAAUCAGAAAGCCCGAUUCCAGAGGAGGUGGAGCUUGUAAAUGCCCUCGGCAACGCAGAUCCCAAUGCAAACUGGGGGGUGGAGCCUAACUUCAACCUCAACCUCACGCUGACUUCGCCAAGCAACCCCCGCCCAACGGCGGAGACCUCAAGGUCGCAUGGCGGGAACAGAAAGGAUGAUGGGAAUAAAGGAGGCGGGGCAAAGGGAGCAGCUAGCACCCUGACGACCCCUGUGACGUCACCGGGGGAAAGGGAUGAUCCAUGGCGACAAAAAAGCCAAAUUAGAGCGGGGUCUCGCUCACCGACAACAGAAUCGUCGGUGAACAGCAGGUUGAAGUCACCAAACCCCAAAAGUACUUCUACGCUCGGCCCAAAGACGCACAGCAUAACGGCGGUGAGUCCAAAACCCCACCGGGUGGAACCAACAACCAUUGGUGGCGGACCCAGAACAACCGAUAGAGUCAAACCACUAGUUCAGAUAACGGAACCCGCAAGUGUCUCAAACCCCAAAUCCCAUAAUGCACCGACGACAAUAAAGACUACAAACAAAAUAACCGUUGGACCGAAAAUGCAAACAUGCGUAAAAGAAGUUUCCCUAGGGACACAGCCGCCAAAAACCCUUCACCUUCCUGUAAGCCUGAACGUCCACAAUCCGAAAGGCGACCCAAUCAGUCCAAAAAUUGCCAAUCGAACCCCAACAAUGUCAAUCAAAACCCCAAAACAAGACCCAGGAAGCACCAGACCUGACUCAAAAACUCCCAGUUCUGAAACACCAACUGUAGGACUAAAAUCGCCAAAUCAGAGGUCUGAAACGGGUCUGCUCAGCGCCAAGACUCCUCAAACAAGAUCUAUAAGCCCAAAACCAUCCAUGCAGAGGAAAGCUUCUGGGACCCGAAACCGUAACGCAUCAGGGUCCAAGGAGAAUCUUGACGGUAAAGAUUCAAGUGUUGGAUCUGGAUCCAAAACCAGUUCAAAUUCCAAAACCACCAACAGUCUGGAUGUUAAAACUGUCUCCGAUUCCAAAGCCAGUCUCAACUCUAAAACACCAAUGGGGUCCAAAGAUAGUCUGGAUUCUAAAAGCGGUUCUGCUUCCAAAACAAGUUUGGGAUCUAAGGACAGCUUGGACUCCAAAACUGGAUCCAAUUCCAAAGCCAGUCCCAAUGGGAAGUCCGGGUCGGGCUCAGGAGAUUCUAAAACCACAACUGAUAUCAAAGCAAGUAAAACCAGUCCAGAUUCAGAGACAGUUGCAGACUCUAAAUCUGGCAGGGGAUCCAAAGACAACCUGGAUCCUAAAACUCAGAGUCCUUUAGACUCUAAAUACAGUUUCAAUCUUAAAACCAGUCCAACUUCAAAACCUUCUCUACUGGCCUCUGGCUCUAACACGGACCUUGUUGGAUCUGUCUCCCCGUUGUCCCCUCAAACUAGUCUGUCUGGGUCCAAAGACAAGAACCUCAAGUCUGCAAGCUCCACUGCUAAACUUAGUCCAGAUCCUAAAGGUUCUGGUUCUUCUAAGCCUGGAACAGUUCGGUCGAGCUCAAAGACAGCUCUGGCAGAUUUGUCUCCAUCCAUGACGCUCUCUCCAAGAUCAAGUCCAGCAAGUAGGAGUCCUGGGUCUGGUCCUGGUAAAACUCUUGGUCCGGCUGGACCACACAGAGAGGUCCUGAGGAGUCCUGGUUCUGCUCCAGGUUCUGGUGUGACCUCCGGCCCGCUGGCUCCUCGAGCCACCUCCAGCCCCAAAACCAGAACCACUGUUGCCGUGACUAUGACAAGCAGAGCCACACUAGAGUCCGCAGCGACGCCGGCGAAAACAGAUGUUGCCGACGAGGAAGAACAUUUGAAACCGCCGGAGGCCAAAGCGACAGUGGCGGUUUCCCAGGGUGCCGUGCGAGGGGUAGAUGUGAGUGACAACACACGGUGGUUGCUAGGAAACAAGAGGAUACAAGGCGCCCCGCAGCAGAGCAAACCGAGUCACCUGGGAGUCGCAAAUGCCAGCACCGCGGGUGGCAAACUGCCGUCGUCAAGGGCAGCGGGUGAGGAGAGCAAGGAGGAAGAGAAGAAGAAGAAGCAGGAGAAAGAUGGCGGAGGAAGAUCUUCUUCUCUCCUUCGUCCGAGCGCCAAGGCAGUGAAGGAGACGGCGACCAUGACCGACCACAGCGAGCGGCUUCGAGAGGUGGGCGUCCAAGUGGAGGUGGUCGAACGCUCAGCUUCCACCGGCCUCGCCCUCCCACCCUCCCUGAUUGGCUCCCCCAGCUGUCAAUCAGCCACCUCUCCAACGGUUCCGCCCUUCCAGCACGUCUGCAAGAUCGACAUCGAGCUUUGCCAGCAAUCGCCGAUUCCCUACGUUGCCGCCGACCGGUCCAGUUCACUCCCGGCAUGUCUACGAACGUACAGCUUCCAGCAGAACCCGGUGCCGGAGCCACGACCCGGACAAAACCGGGACGCGAGCGCCGAGAGCAUCAGGAAGGACGGCGAUGAGGAGGAGGAAGUAGCGAGGGAGCGAAACGACGAGGAAGAGGAAGAUGAAAAGACGGAGAAGCCUCAGAAGGUGGCGUGGGACAAACAGGGGAGGACGUGGGAGGUGUACGGCGCCGCGGUGGACCUGGAGUCCCUCGGCGCCGCGAUCCAAUCCCACCUGGAGUCAAAGAUUCGGGAGCAGGAGAAGCACAUCCGGACUCUGAGGAAGUCCGUCUGCUCCGCCGGAAGCCUCGGAGAAAACGGGAAGAGGAAGAGGAAGAAGGGAGGGAUUCUGGGAUGCUGCAGGAAGUCGCCCGCAGAGGCCGACUGA